UGAUGAUGGAACGUUAUUCAUCGAAAAAGUGGCAAAAAAAGCUGUGCACACUUUCAAAUGCACCGCAACAAACGAUGCUGGUACUGAUGAAAAAGAGUACAUGGUCAAGUUGAUAAGCCCUCCAUUCGUCACAAAAGAAGGACUCAAAACGAUCAACUCAACCGAAGGCGAUCCAUCUUUAUUAGUCUGCGAGAUCGAAGGUCAUGUGCCACGAAUUUAUUGGUUCAAGGUAGAUAUAUGCUUUUACAUCAGAGAUUUUAAACCAUAA